UCCUAUCAAUGGCAGUUCAGUAAAUAACUUCCAAUAUUUUUUUGGUUAGUUUUGCUAUAUUUAUGCAUUAUCUUUCAUGUGAGAUUCCUAAACCGUGUGUUACGGUCAAGUGUUUCUCUCCUAUCUCUUUGUCCAUGGCCCUGCCUCAUUAAGCAUAGCUCUUGGUUUUUUCUUGUUCUUCCCUAACCAUUCCUCUCCUUGUUUAAUCCCUUUGACGCAUUUCGAUUCUCUCAAUCGAAUAAUGUUACAAGAUAACUCACCUUUUCUUUCAAUAUAGUGAUUGAUCAAUUCAGGGAGGAGAAAUGGAGAAGAAAGGAGCAUUAUUGAUGAAGAAGUACGAGAUUGGUAGACUUCUUGGACAAGGUACAUUCGCCAAGGUCUACCAUGCUCGAAACCUUGAAUCCGGAGAGAGCGUCGCCAUCAAAAUCGUCGACAAGGAGAAGAUUCUUAAGGUUGGUUUGAUAGACCAAAUCAAGAGAGAAAUCUCUGUCAUGCGUCUGGUUGAGCACCCCAACAUUGUCCAACUCUAUGAAGUUAUGGCAAGCAAGAACAAAAUUUAUUUCGCAAUGGAGUAUGUGAGAGGUGGUGAACUAUUCAACAAGGUGGCUAAAGGGAGGCUCAAGGAAGACAUUGCUCGGAAAUACUUCCAACAAUUGAUCGGAGUCAUUGAUUUCUGCCAUAGUCGCGGUGUCUACCACCGUGACCUCAAGCCGGAGAAUCUUCUUCUUGAUGAGAAAGGGAAUUUGAAGAUUUCGGAUUUCGGAUUGAGUGCAUUGUGGGAGUCAAGAAGGCAAGAUGGGCUUCUACACACAACGUGUGGAACACCAGCCUAUGUUGCUCCGGAGGUGAUUAACAAAAGAGGCUACGAUGGAGCUAAAGCCGAUAUGUGGUCUUGUGGGGUUGUUCUGUUUGUUCUGUUGGCCGGGUUUCUACCUUUUCAAGAUUCAAAUUUGAUGCAAAUGUAUAGGAAGAUUACAAAAGGUGAAUUCAAGUGUCCUAAUUGGUUUCCUCCUGAGGUUAAGAAGCUUCUUUCGAGGAUUCUUGACCCGAACCCGAGUUCAAGAAUCAAUGUCUGUAAGCUGGUGGAGAAUUCUUGGUUCAAAAAGGGGUAUAAACAGAUUGAAAUCCCACCUCCUCGCGGCGUGCAGAAGAACAAGUUGAUCAUGGACGUCCAUAAUUCCUUCGAAUCAUCGUCGAGUAGUUCUGAAAACGCAGAAUUAGAGACAAUUACAAACACUAAUCCGGUAAGGCCUACGUGUUUUAACGCGUUUGACAUUAUAUCUCUUUCGCAAGGGUUUGAUUUGUCAGGAUUGUUUGAGAGCGGAAGGGAUUGUAAGAAGGAAUCAAGGUUUACAACGACUAAACCAGCAUCAACAAUUGUGUCGAAAUUCGAAGAGAUUGCGAUGAACGAGAGUCGGUUCAAUGUUAAGAAAAAAGGAGGAACCUUGAAGUUGCAGGGGUGCAGAGAAGGGAGAAAAGGACAGCUUGGAAUAGAUGCAGAGAUUUGUGAGGUUACACCAUCUUUUUUUGUGGUUGAGUUGAAGAAAACUGCAGGGGACACUUUUGAGUAUCAGGAUUUCUGUGAUCAUCAGCUCAAGCCUUCUCUUAAGGACAUUGUGUGGACUUGGCAAGGAAAUGAACAAGAACAAAGCCAGAUAUAAAAAUAAAUUUUAAAAAAAAAACUCAUUGGAUUAAAGCUAAAUUUUUAUCUCUUGUAUCCAAGUAUAUAUACUUGCUUUUUUUUUUCUUGUCAGCUGCUGUUUGUGUAUAUUGUAAUUGUACUAUAAUUUCUUGUAGUUUUAAAUCAGCAAAUUCAAAGAGAGUUGUAAGUUAUAUAAACUUGUUUGUAGACAUUAUGAGAAAUCAAAGAGAUUUAGGUA